UUCUUGCAGUUUUGUUCAUUAAAUUUUAGUGCCAAAAAUGGCAUCUAUAUCACAUGGGAUAGGAGCUUAAGUGUGCAAAGCCAGUCAUGCUUGAAGCACCAUUCUGCCAAAGCUGUGAACUGCAACAGAAAAGGUCACUUAGUCAAAAACAUAAAUCACAGUUUUCUUCUAAAACAAGGUGGGUUGCUACAGAGGUUGGUGAUAUUAGUUCCUGUGAAGAGAACUUUGAGAAGCUUUUCAACAAUGGAAUGCUAUGGAGAAGGAAGAAGACUAAGAGGGAAAGUUGCUGCCACUGAAGCUGAACAACCCAGAAACCAUGUCUUACAGUCAAGAAAUCCCAGGAACACUAACAUGGUCAUGUUAAGGAUGAUGGCAAUAUGCAGAGGACUAGGUGGGGUUCUCUCUCCCAUUUUGACAAGUUAUAUUUAUAGCAGCAGGCCAGCUACAAUCUCAGUAUCUGGUAUGACUUGCGGUAAAAGGGCAAGACCUGAACUUGAGGGGCUUAAGCAACAUGAAAGGGAGACUCAAGAAGCAAGUGUGGAUAUUUCUGGACAAAAGAAAACGAAAUUAAUCAAAUCUGAGAACCAAGAGCAAGAGGAUGAAAUGUCAGCCGUGAAAAUGGGAGUUCCAAGAAGUGGGAACCUGAGACACGAGUGGGAGGGGAGGUUUAAGACGGAGCUCCCUGAGGUGGAAACUGCUGGGACAGGGACCUCAAACACUGUGGUGUCUCCUGAGACUUUGAAGAAGAUGGGGGCAUAUGAUGAAGUCAAUAACACAGCUUCAGAUCCAGAGGAAGUGGAAGCAGAUGGUGAUAUACUAUCUACACUUUCAGGUCCCCCUCAAGUACCUGAUGCAAGUGGGCUCACAGCAGAAUUGGGCCAGGCUUAUGCAUUGGCGAUUCCUGCAGUGAAGAAUGCGCUGAUAUCCUUCCUAAUCACUAAAAAUUCAGAGGAUCUAGCCUUUAUGAUCACUCAAGCUAACAGCGCAUUCGCAUCUCUUUAUGCCCUCAAUGCUGAUUGUGGUUCGCUCUACAAUAAUGUGAGAUCUUACAUUCGUCAUUGCUCUGAAUUCUCUACAGCUCAGAAAGAGUUACAGGAGAACAUGGAAGCUGUAGAGUUGGUAUCUUCUUAUGAGAAUAUUUCUGAUCAAUCUACUGAAGCAGCAAGGGCUGUUUCUGAAAUUGAGGCAAAUCUGGAAAAAGCCAAAGAGUACCUUGCUCCUCUUGAAGCAAGGUAUCAAGAGACCAAGGCCUUGCUGGACAAGCUUGAGGCAGAGCUUGGACAAAGGAGAACCGAGGUGGCUUACCUGGAAGCUGAGAAGACUCAGCAGGAGGAAGCAAUGGCUGAAACUGAGAUAAAACAUCACACUAUUGCUGCACAGGCAAAGGAAGCCAAAGAAACACUUAAAUCUAUUCUCCGCCGACUAGAGGCUGCUACAGCUGCUAUGGAAGAGACUAGAGCUCUCCUUUCCACUUCUUGAUUCCUUCAUACAACUACCAUGUGUGCACAUUGUUCAACUGAUUUGGUUAUAGGGACAAUAGUACUAUCCUUACCUUCUGUAAUUAAACCAUUUUGGAAUCUCUUAGGAAUAAAUGAUGCAAGAAAGAGUACUUUCAA